AUGGCAGCUACUCGCCCUCCUGCGGGUUUUCGAGAUUACAUCCCUCCCUCUGAUGCGCCACGAAGUAUACAACUGGCAGAGUCUGACCAUUACCAGUGGGCUACUCAUCGAUGCUCUGAGCCUUUCAUGAUUGGCUGGCUGAAGUCUUGGAAGGAACUCUACGAUCAGCCUUACAAGGGAAUCACAACUGAUGGAAACGUGAUCCACAAUCUCUUUCGCCUGGCAGAUAUGGAUGAAGAUUUCGGAGCCCCACUGCAUGCCGCCAAGGUAGCGCGGGACGCAAUCGACAUCGCAUCAGCAGAAGAAAAAGACAAACUUCUCAGGCCCGUUGAUGCACCCGAAUGGCGCUUCUGGCUCAAUCCAGAGAUAUACGCGUUUAGGCACGGUAUCCGGUUGGAAGAAGCCUCCAAAGAUCUUGUCACUGCUCUACACAACCUGAUGAAGGCAACCUUAUCUAAAGAGGGCUAUGAGAAGGCUCAUGGCUGUAUGAAGGUCAAUCAAUUUCUUGGCGAGGUUGUGAACGGUAGCAAGGUCCUGAACGAGAACUCUUUCAAUUUUGUCAUCUUCGGAACACCCUCUCAGGGAGAGCCAUGGGGCUGGCAGAUAUUCGGCCAUCACCUGUGCAUGAACUGCUUUAUGGUCGGAACGCAGAUGGUGAUAUCGCCUGUCUUUAUGGGUGCUGAGCCGAAUAUCAUUGACCAAGGCCCCCACGAGGGCCUCGAGCUUUUUAUUGAUCAAGAGCAGACAGCGCUUCGUCUCAUGCAGUCUUUCGACGGCGCCGUUCAGAAGGAUGUGCAGAUUUACAAGAAGCUAAGUGGCCCCGAGUACCCUCCUGGGCGAUGGCACCGAGCCGAUCAGCGACACCUUGGAGGUGCCUUUCAGGACAACCGUGUAAUCCCAUAUGAAGGCGUCAAGGUAUCGACAUUUUCCAAGUCUCAGCAAGACGCGGUUCGUAACCUGGUCGAACUGAGCCUCAAUUACCUCCCUGAAAAAGCACUAGCCGCCCAUCUCCGAGAGAUUGAUACCCACUGGGAUAACACAUUUUUCUGUUGGAUUGGUGGAUAUGGUGACAGAGAUGCAUUUUACUAUAAAGUUCAUUCUCCGGUUAUUAUGGUCGAGUUUGACCAUCACUCAGGUGUUUUCCUGAACAACAAGGAGCCUCUACCCUUUCACAUCCACACGCUGGUCAGAACUCCGAAUGGAAAUGAUUAUGGAAAACAGCUCUUGAGACAGUACCAGGACCGGAAACAUAGAGGAUAG